AUGUUCAAGUGUGCGAGUCGCAUUCUGUUGGCCGUCAAGACGAUCUCCAUCAACCCGCAGAAGCCUUAUAAACUACACACUGCCGGCCGUGAUGACCUUCCUCCUGUUCCGACCACUGCUACCUACGACACGGAGCAAAUGAAGAAGGGCCUUGAAAUGAUGUUUCGUAUUCGUCGUAUGGAAUCACUCUGUGACCAGUCGUACAAGCUCAAGAAGAUUCGUGGCUUCUGCCACCUGUACAUUGGCCAGGAGGCCAUUCCCGUUGGUAUGGAGAACAUUCUCACCCUGGACGAUCUCAUUGUCACGGCAUACCGUGACCAUGCGUGGUACCUUGCUCGGGGUGGGACACCGGGGGAGGUUUUUGCCGAGAUGUUUGGCAAAGAAGGUGGUUGCUCUAAGGGAAAAGGCGGCAGCAUGCACAUGUAUUCGGUAAAGAAUAACUUUUAUGGGGGUAACGGUAUUGUGGGUGCGCAGGUGCCAAUUGGUGCCGGCCUUGGAUGGCGCUUUGCCCUUGAGAACCGUGAUAAGCCACGCAACGUGGCGGUCACCUUCUACGGUGACGGCGCCGCGAAUCAGGGCCAGGUGUUUGAAGCCAUGAACAUUGCCGCACUGCAGCGCAUUCCUGUCAUCUUCUGCUGCGAAAACAAUCAAUUUGGUAUGGGUACAAGCAAAGAGCGUGCGGCGUACCAGCCGGAGAUGUACCGCCGCGGUGACUACAUUCCUGGUCUGAGGGUAGAUGGCAUGGAUGUACUCGCAGUGCAGGAGGGCACUCGGUGGGCGAAGGAGUGGUGUCUCUCUGGAAAGGGGCCUGUUGUGCUUGAGUUUGACUGCUACCGCUACGUUGGGCACUCCAUGAGUGACCCCGACAGCCAGUACCGCACAAAGAGCGACAUCCAGCGGGUGCGUAAAACGCGUGACUGCAUACACAAGAUGAAGGAGUUCAUGCUUGCCGAGGGAAUCAUGACGGAAGAGGCGAUGGUGAAACUCGAGAAGGAAAUCAAGAAGGAGGUUGACCAGCAGCUGCUGCCGGCGGAGAAGCAGAAGCCGACGCCGCUUAGCGAGCUAUUCACUGACAUUUACACUGGAGAGCAGUACGAGCAUCGCACGACGCAGGGCACAGUCUAUGCCAAGCCUUGA